AUGUCUCCAUCAGCCACCGUCCUGGACUCGUCCAAGGCCAACGCCACCGUCGGCGCUCUUGGUACAUCGGCAUCAGGCAAGAAGCUGAAAAUCCGCAAAUACCCGGAAUUCGAGACUCUCGAAGGGGAACGUCAGUAUCGCAAGCAGCACUUGGCCGCAGCAUUUCGUAUCUUUGCCGACAGAGGCUUCGAUGAGGGCGUGGCCGGGCACAUCUCGGUGCGCGAUCCGAUCCUGACAGACCAUUUCUGGCUGAAUCCGCUGUCGCAGCAUUUUGCAACUAUCACAGUGUCGGAUUUGGAACUGGUCAAUGAGGAGGGUCAGGUUGUUAUUGGGGAUGAGCCGAUUAAUGCGGCCGCAUUUGCUAUUCAUUCCGAGAUCCACAAAGCACGACCAGAUAUACAUGCUGCAUGCCAUGCGCAUAGUGUCGCUGGAAAGGCGUGGUCUGUGUUUGGAAAGCCGCUCGAUAUGAUGACACAGGACGCCUGCCGAUUCUACAAGAGUCAUGCCGUCUACGACAAUUUCGGCGGGGUGGUGCUGGACCGCGAAGAAGGCAAGAAUAUCGCUCAGGCAUUGGGCAAUGGGAAAGCAGUUAUUCUGCAAAAUCACGGGCUACUUACUGUCGGACAUUCAGUUGAUGAGGCUGCGUUCUGGUUCAUUAGUAUGGACAAGACUUGUCAGGCACAGUUGUUAGUUGAUGCUGCUGCUUCUGGCUCAGGGCAUAAGAAGAUUAUGAUCAGCGAGGAGGAAGCUGCUUUUACUGCUGAGCAAGUAGGCAGUCCGGAAAAGGGCUGGUUGGCCUUUCAGGGAUACUAUGAUGAGAUUAUGCUGCGAACGAAUGGGCAUUUUCUACAGUAA